AUGUUUUCGAGGAAUAUCCUAAGACAAGCACCCUUGAAGGCAGGACGGUCCUUCAGCAUAUUCAACCCCAGUAUUAGGUAUGCCAGGAAACUAUCCUCCAGCAGGACUCAGGGGCAUCUCUCGAGAACAGCUAACAAGUACUCGAAUCUGGCGAUUGCGUUAGCCUUGGGAGGCUGUGGUAUCGUAGCGCUAGCUAAUCUGGGAAAGCUUCACAACGACGCCAAUGUCUGGGAUGAUGGCGAGGCUACUGUCAACGUCGAUAGUGCGGUGACUCCCUUUCCGGUCAGACUGGGACCGCCAAAGUUGCCUCUUUCCACCGAAUUCAGCAUGUUGGGCUAUGGCUUUAGAUCUGUGACAUUUAUUUCAUUCAAAGUGUAUGCAUUGGGCAUAUACAUUGCGGACCAGGAUAGACAUCUGGUUGCGGAUGUCCUCGAUUCCAAGUUCCUGACAACCGCCUUCAUAGACACUGACGCAUCCAGAUCACACAAGGAGAACGUCAAGCAGGCCCUAGACGACCCAGAGAAAUCGACGUUGUUGAUUGGAAAUCUCCUGGACAGCGGUGUGAGAAUGGCUGCCAAAUUGACACCGAUCAGAAAUACAGACUUCAAUCACCUGAGAGAUGGGUUCAUCAGAACGAUACUAAACCAUCCUGAAGCCAAGAAUAACCAAGAAGUGCUGUCUGCAGGGCUUGAUGAGCUGAAGCAGGCCUUCAGCGAAAAAGGCAGAAUCGCUAAGGAUGACGAUCUGGUGGUGGAACUGCAAGCCAACGGAGGACUGCAGUUCUUCUACUUCAACAGGAAGAAAGACCAAGUGACCACGAUGGGGCGUGUCCAAGAACCGCUUGUCGGUAAGUUGCUCUUCAGCCAAUAUAUGAGUGGUCCAAAGCCUUUGUCACCGAGUGCAAAGGAAUCAGUAGCAUCGCACCUCGCUGCGAUGGUAUGA